UAUGAUAACUAAAAUAAAUAAUUAUAAUUUUGUUUUAUCUGUUGUUAACAAACCUUCAAACCCAUUACAACCCAGUUUUUUAUGUUCUGUGGGUAAAAAAUUUAGUGAUAUACAAGAUACACCUUCAGCAGCUAUCAACUUGGUAUAUCAAGAAGUUACUGGAAGUCAAACUAAAACCAAGCAUUCAGAACUAGCAGUUUUGGGGUUUUAUAAUAAAGAAAUUGUUUCAGAAAUGAUUAAUAACAUACCAUUUUUUCUACUAUACGUAGAG